UACAUUGCUCGGUUCGCUUUUCAGUAGGGUAGUUGCUGCCAAUUCAACUGCAUUAACUCAUAGCUGUGCAAAGGAAUCAAAAAAUGUCUGCCCAAACAGCCACUGAGCCCCCAAAAUGUUGCUUCUUCAACAUCAAGACAGCAACAGUCGCUCUAGGAAUCUUCCAUAUGGUUAUGAGUGUUUUGCUCCUCAUCGAGUACUCCCUGGAGGUGGCUAGCGGGAAAGGCUUCUGCAAAGACCUGGAUAAGGAUUACUACAGAAUUGCUGAUGUCAUCACCAGUUUCCUGUUGAUCAUCAUGCUGUUUGUUAUCAGCUUCAACCUCCUUCUUGGUGUGGUGAAGAAGAGAGAACGUCUCCUGAUUCCAUUCCUUGCUCUACAAGUCAUGGACUUUCUCCUCAGCCUCCUAACAAUGUUCAGCUCCUACAUACAAGUCCCAGCGAUCAUUUCUAUGUCAUCCCUUAGCCACACACAGGGACACUCAAAGAUCCCUUUCUUGGCUCUGCAGCUGCUGGACUUCUGCCUGAGUAUCCUCACUCUCUGCAGUUCAUACAUGGAGGUCCCAACCUAUCUCAGCCUCAAGUCUUCAGACAAUGGGGGCUUUUUGCCAACCGUUGAGAAGUUAACGACAGAGGAAUAUGCCAAAAUGAUGAUCACCUUCACAAUUGCGUUCAUUGCUGUCCUCUUCCUGAAGGCUUAUAUGUUCAAAUGUGUCCUGAGUUGCUUUAAGUACAUUAAAGCCAGCAAGAGAGGGGAGGUGAAAGUCGACCCACAAGCAGCUGAGAAGGCUGUGCUGCCAUCAUACAAGGAAGCCUUAGAGUUGCCUUCUAAGGAAUCUCCACCUCCCUAUGUAGCAAUCUAAGCUCUACUCACAGGGAAGAGAAGACAUCUGUAUUGCUGUUGGUGCCUCUUGCCCCUUGUGUCAGCCUCAUUGAAAAGCCCUUACUUCAUAGCAGUAUCAUGCUUAUUACAAUCCAAUUUACUUGUAGGAGCCUCUAAAGAGGGACGGUGAACUACUGGAGCUGGUGCCUCAUUCUGCACUUGCAGAUCUGAGCUGGUACUGAGGACUGAGCUGCAGUGCUAUUUUAAUAAACUUGUCACCAAGCAACACAAAAGUUCCCAUCACUGGCCUUUCACAUCUGGCUAAUGUGAAAGCACAGGCAUUGGCCUGAAUCUCUUAUCAGGCUUACUUUGUCCCAGCAGGACGUGGGUUCUCAUCUAUUUUAUAUCUUUAACUUGGCAGCUGAGGGGAGCAUCAAGCAUUUAGUAAGUGGAAUGGGGAGGGGGGAGAACAAGCAAAAGCCUUUUUGCUGAGAGAGCCUAACUCUGAAAUAUGUUAUGUUAACCGGCAUCAUCUAAUGAAGACCUAAGGGAAAGGGAUCAGCAAAAGGCUGAAGAUCCCAAAUGAACUACAAUGCAGCUCUCAACCUGUCUGCUUGUGAUAAUGAUUAAUAGUGUGUGCUCCAGAAUAUACAACAUGCUGGAAUAUUCACAGUAUUGCUUUGCUAUUUUAUACCCGAGUGUUUGCAUUUUUUUGCUUUUAGUGUGUGACUUGAAAGAUGAGUUUCAAUAAAAAAGUUAAUAGCUUCAA